AUGGCCACUUCCAUAAGCAAGCUUGAAUCCCGAGGUAAGUUACUUUCUCAAACUGAAGAUAAUCUUAGACAGAGUGUAAAUGUUAUCAUAUUGAGAAGUGGGAAAGAGCUCCAGGAUGCCAAAUCUGAGGAAGGAAAACCAAAAGCGCAAGAGCAAGUGGUUUCAGAAGAGCCUCCAACGCACUCUCUGACCAAACCGAAUGGGCAAGCUGAAACCUCUCCAACGCAUAAGGCUGAUCAGCAGCUUCCUCUCAGAUUGGGUAGUGUUGAUAUUAUAGUUGAUUACUUUGUGUUUCCCUUAGGAGGGGUGAAAAUUGUUCUGGAAUUGUUUGAUGAUGUGACUUCUUUACCUCCCAAGCGUACCAUUGAUCACGCCAUCAUCUUAGUAGCAGGAACUUCAACAGUGAAUGUGAAGCCAUAUCACUAUGGUCACUAUCAAAAAGAUGAGAUUGAGAAGCUGGUCGAAGAAAUGUUAGCUAGCGGAAUCAUUCAUCCUAGUUCAAGUCCUUUUUCCAGCCCUGUUCUAUUAGUAAGGAAGAAAUAUGGAAGUUGGCGAUUUUGCGUUGAUUACAGGGCACUCAAUCGAGCCACAGUUCCUCAUAAAUACCCCAUUCCAGUAAUUGCCGAAAUGCUAGAUGAGUUGCAUGGACCUUGA